GUAGUAGUUUAAGAAUAGCAAAUAAAGCCACAUUUUAUACAAUUAUUAGAGUUGCUAUCAUGAAAAUGAAAAACUUCCAAUUUGAGAAGUAAAAGUGUCAUCACUUGCCAAUCAAGGAUAAAAUUUUGAGUACAAAACUAUGUCACUGACAUAAAUUCUAGUUUGAAAUCAGUCAAAUUUUAAUAAUCAUUCCAUAGUUUUGUGGGUUUGUUUAAUCUAUGAUUAAAGAAUAUAUAAUCAAUCAAUUAGCUUAAAAUGGUCUGACCAGCUCACAACUUCAAUGGAUACUGAGAGCUCUGAACCAUUUUCUCUUAGUGAAUUUCUUAAAUUUGUCUAAAAUUAAUUGCUAUAAAGAUUAUUAAUUGGAGUACAACUACAGGAGGUUCAUUUCUCAAAUGGAUUUUGCAUCACUGACUGCUAAAGAGGACAGCUGCAAAUUUUCAGUUUUCUACAAUGGUCUUAUAGCUGGAGGCAUUGCUGGUGCUGUUGCUGAUACAGCUUUAUACCCAGUGGAUACAAUAAGAACCCGAAUGCAGGCUGCUCAUGGUGGAAGGAAAAUUAUGUUGAAGGGCCUUUACUCUGGUUUGACUGGCAACCUUGUUGGUUCCAUACCGGCUUCUGCCAUAUUUAUAGGCGUAUAUGAACCUGUGAAACAGAAAUUGCUCAAAGCUUUUCCUGAAAACCUUAAUGCUCUUGCUCAAUUAACUGCAGGUGCUGUUGCAGGUCUCGUUUCUUCCCUAGUUCGUGUACCAACUGAGCUUGUCAAGCAGCGGAUUCAAACAAGGCAGUUUACUUCCGCGCUAGUUGCUGUCCGUGUAAUUGCUACAAAAGAGGGUCUUAAAGGUCUCUAUGCGGGGUAUGGAGCAUUGUUACUACGAGAUUUGCCUUUCGAUGCUAUCCAAUUUUGCAUUUACGAGCAACUCCUGAUGGGUUACAAGCUAGCAGUGCAAAGAGAUCUGAAAGACCCUGAAUUUGCUCUAGUUGGUGCUUCUGCUGGUGCUAUUACUGCAGCUUUAACCACUCCUCUUGAUGUCGUAAAAACUAGAUUAAUGCUUCAGGGAUCAAGUAAGCAGUAUAAUGGAGUUUUUGAUUGUUUUAGGACAAUUGUUAAGGAAGAGGGAGCUCAUGCUCUUCUCAAGGGUAUAGUACCAAGAGUAUUAUGGAUAGGUUCUGGAGGUUCAAUUUUCUUUGGUGUACUUGAGAAGACAAAGCAGAUUCUUGCUCAAAGAUCCCCAGAGCAGAUUCUAUAAUAAAAGACUGAGAGGAUGAUGCUAUAAAUUUAGUUCAAGAUGGGAUUAAAUGCCAAUUUUUAAAUUAAUCCCAUGCCUUGUAUAAAUUAAUCCAGUGCCUUGGAUAAAUUUUCUUCUCCCUGUUCUUUUCUUUACCUAAUAACUUAAAUAAUAUUUUUCA